UAGAGUUAAAUGAAGAUUUAAAAAAGACUCGUUUAAAUGUAAAUUAUAAAAUCUAUUUAUAAUAGAUUGGUAUUUUUUUUUGUUGAAUCACAAGCACAAACUUUGAUACAAACAGAACAUCUGCUCUUUCCUCACUAACAUGGCUGAAUCAUUUGUCUUCCAUAUUGCUAGUUCACUCUUAGGAAAGCUUGCUUCUUAUGCUUAUGAAGAAGUUUCACGAGCCUAUGGUGUGUAUGACGAUCUACAACAAUUCAAAGACACUUUGUCAAUUGUCACAGGUGUUUUGUUGGAUGCUGAGUAUAAGAAGGACUGAAGGCACGGGCUGCGUGAAUGGCUGAGACAGAUUCAAAACAUCUGCUCUGAUGCUGAUGAUUUGUUUGAUGGAUUUGAGUUCCAACACAAGAGGAAGCAAGUUGUCCAAGCUUCUAAUAGCACUCGGAUGAAGGUAGGCCACUUCUUUUCUUUCUCUAAUCCAAUUGUUUUCCGUCCUAGGAUGGCAUGCCAAAUCAAAGAGAUUAGGGAUAGAUUGGAUAAGGUAGCAGCUGACGCGAACAAGUUUGGCCUUGUGAGAAUCGAUGGUGGUCCAGAUCUAGUUUUGCAAAAGAGAGAAUUGACUCAUUCCAAUGUUGAUGCUUCCGGUGUAAUUGGGAGAGAGAAGGAUAGGGAAGAAAUUAUCAAGCUUUUGAUGCAACCACAUCCUCACGGGGUUGGUGAUAAAAGUUUGUGUGUUAUUCCAAUAGUAGGAAUUGGAGGCUUGGGAAAGACCACACUUGCAAAGUUGGUGUUUAAUGAUAAGAGGAUGGAUCAACUUUUUCAGUUGAAGAUGUGGGCUUGUAUCUCUGACUAUGAUGGUUUUGACAUCAAGAAAAUAAUUAUUAAAAUCAUCAAUUCUGCUUCCACUUUUGCACCCGUUUCAGCUCCAUCUCCACCGAGUGAUGCUCUUGCCCACCAAGAAAACAUCAACAACUUAGAUAUUGAGCAGCUACAUAAACAUCUUAGACAUAAACUUUCUGGUCAGAAGUUUUUUCUUGUACUAGAUGAUGUAUGGAAUGAUGAUCGUGCAAAGUGGAUUGAGUUGAUAGAUUUGAUAAAAGUUGGUGCAACAGGAAGUAAAAUCAUAGUGACGACACGUAGCAAUUCAAUUGCUUCAAUGACAGGUACUCUUCCUUCAUAUGUUUUAGAAGGCCUUUCUCAAGAUGAUUGUUUAUCUUUGUUUCUCAAAUGGGCAUUUAAGGAAGGUGAAGUGAUUAAACAUCAAGGUCUUGUAGAGAUUGGAACAGAAAUCGUGAAAAAAUGUGCAGGGGUUCCACUUGCUGCCAAAACAUUAGGUAGUUCGUUGUUCUCAAAAUAUGAUUUAAAGAAGUGGAUAUUUGUGAGAGAUUCUGAGAUAUGGAACUUAGAACAAAAGAAAGAUGAUAUUUUACCUGCAUUACAGUUAAGUUAUGAUCAAAUGCCAUUCUAUUUGAGGCAAUGUUUUGCUUACUUUUCCCUUUAUCCCAAAGAUUAUACCUUCUAUGGUAGUCAUAUUAUCGGUCUUUGGGUAGCUCUUGGAUUAGUACAAUCUCAAGAUGGAAGUGAACAUUUGAAUGAUACUGCAAGAGAAUAUAUAGACGAUUUAAAUUCUAGAUCAUUUCUUCAAGAUUUCAAACAUUUUGGCUUCUUUGUUACAUUCAAAGUACAUGAUUUGAUUCAUGAUCUUGCUACGUAUGUUGCGAAAGAGGAGUGUAUAGCAGUUGACUCACAUACUAGAAAUAUAGCUCAACAUGUAAGACACUUAUCCUUUGUUGAAAAUAAUUCAGCAGGUGAGGCUUUGUUCCCCGAGUCCAAAAGUUUGCGAACCAUAUUAUUUCCCAUGGAAGGAAUUGUCCUUGACAAGAGAACUUUGUUGGAUUCAUGGAUAUCAAGAUACAAAUAUUUGCGAUAUCUAGAUUUAAGAAAGUCUUCCUUUGAGACUCUACCUAAUUCAAUUGCUAAAUUGAAGCACUUGCGAGUUCUCGACCUUACUAAUAAUAGGAAUAUUAAAAGACUUCCUCAUUCUAUUUGCGAACUCCAUAAUUUGCAAAUCUUGAAACUCACAGGAUGCACAGAGCUUGAAACAUUGCCUCAAGGGUUAGAGAGGUUGAUUAGCCUUCAAGAAAUGUACUUAACCACAAAUCAAUCAGUUAUGUCACUGACAGAACUCGCUAACAUGAACAAUCUUCAAGUUUUAUUCUUUUAUAAGUGCAAAAAUAUGAGGUUUCUAUUCAACGAGACACAACAAUUCAAUUCCCUUAAAACAUUGUCUGUUCGAUCAUGUCGUAGCCUAGACUCCUUACCCCUCUUUAUUUUUCCUAAACUACAGACUUUGGGAAUUUCAAACUGUCAGAUGGUAAAUUUGUCCUUGCUGUUUAAUGAAAGUCCAAUCCGAAAAUUGAUGAUAAACCAUUUACAUAUCGGAAAACUUAACUGGCUUUUGACAAUUCCUAAUUGGAUUGAAGAUGUUGUACAGACAUUAGAGACCUUACAAAUUUCUGAACUUCCCAAUCUUAAGACCCUUCCUGAGUGUCUAACAACAAUGACUCGUUUUAAGAGGCUUUGGAUUUCUCACUGUCCUCAACUAUUAAGUCUUCCAAAUGACUUCUUUCGCCUCACCGCCCUUGAAGAUUUGCACAUAUAUAAUUGUCCAAAAUUGUACCUAAAAUGUCAUCCUGAGUUCGGUGAGUACUGGCCUAUAAUUGCUCGAAUGAAAACUACUUCCAUUGAAAUUCAACAAGGAGAAGAGAGGUGGAGGAAUGAAGUCCUCAACCAUUGAAGUUCAAGGUUGAUGAUGAGACAAGAAUGGAAAUGGAGAAACAUGUAAAGAAGAGUUCAAGUAAUUGAUUGAUUGCAAUCAUUGCAUAAUUGCAUUGGAGAAAAUGAAUAUCAUUAAGAGGCUUUAGAUUCACAAAAUGUUUGCACCUGUAUAUGUAUAAUGUAGCCAAAAAAAUGAAAGUGAUUAUUUCAUAUUUGGAGUACUUAAUGAUUUAUAUUUGAAAUAACAGUAAUG